UUUUUGAAGUAUUGUCACCGAAGUUGCACAAGCAAGUAGAAGCUAGUAGUUGACUUUCUCUGAGCAGCAGCCGUGCCAUGAUUCUGAAAUUUUCGCUCGCUGCCUAGCUGCAUUUCUACUGACUGUCUGCUACUUUAUCUUCCCGUUGUACCCCAUCGGGAUAGUGUCUGUAGUCGUAGUUCAGGAAAAAUUCUAUGUCUAUGCGCAUGUGAUGUUUCCUGCAUCAAGAGAAAAAGUCAAACUAACUUCUGGUGCGACCACUACAGGCACAAAAAUUUUAAGAAAGUACUCAUCUCGAUCUCGUGUCAAAGUUUCGUAUAUCAGAAAGAGGUAGCUCCUAGUUGUAAAAGUACUCCGGAUACUAGCGGUCACUGUUUGCAGCAGCGGAGAUGAUCCAGCCCCUUGUAAGAGCAGACCAGAAAUUUAUACACGUCGUAGAGUAGUUCUUGGGUGCAAUACAAUUCUUCAAUCCGAUUCUAUUGUCCUGGUGGAGCUCCUG